AAUGCAAUACUACACUUGAGAUCCGCCCCAUUUUUCUUGAGCUAAUGGCGAACAAAGCUUUAGACGAUACGCUCACUCCUGACGAUGCCGUCGAAGUGCUGGAAGAGCUACUGCCAGCGCAGAACGAGUCCUACGCCCUCGGACUCAAGUUCAAACUACCCCAGAGCGAUGUGCAGGGAAUCCACGAUACUUACUCUAAACCACGCAACCGCCUCCUCCAAAUUCUGAUCGAGUUCUUUAAGCAAACGGAGCCCAAGCCGUCAUGGAGGGUCAUUGUCGAAGCUCUUAGGAGUCCUGCAGUAAAUCAAUCUGCACUUGCUGCCAAGGUGGAAUCAGCUCGUCCCCAUCACCUUGAGGCAGCAGUAGAAACGGAUCCAAGUAUGAAUGAAGUGAGAUCUCGGGUGCUUGCAUUUCGUCAAAGAUUCAAUGUAAUAAAACAAGCAACUAUAAAACGUCUUAUAGCGUGCCAGGUCACUGUAGCCUCAAUGGUUUUCUGGCUGACGUCAAUCAGAGUAUUAGGUGAGCACAGAGUAUUUCUUGAGGAAAACCUUGAAGCCCUGGGACAGUGCCCAAACCACUGGGUAUUGUUUGGAAGGUUGAAUUUAUAUUGGAACUACCUGGCCUACGACCUACUAUUCCAACUCAUCGAGGUCCUCGCUACUGAGUAUGAUAGAUUCAGGACUAUUAGUGAAGACAUGGCUGAAUACAAGGAGGAUUUGGAAGGGUUUAAACGGAAUACACCCUUGAAACUCUUUUGUAAGGCUGAGCCCAUGCCAUUCUCGCAGCAAGACACUCCACCACCAGGUUUCCAGGAGAUGGUGGGUGAAUUCAAUUGGUCGAAAAAUGUCACACUUGAGGAAGUUGAGCAGUUCCAGAAACGCUAUGCCAGAAAAUACAAUGCCAGAAAAUACAAUCUUGAGGAUUGUGCUAUGAUAGUGAACAGCAUUAGGCCAGGAUCAUUCGUUGUAACUUGGUUUGUACCAGUUUCCAUCAUUAGACUACUAAGUCAGGAGACAGACAGAGCAGUAAAUCUGUUUGAGGAGUUCGAAGUAACAAGGCUAGAGAUAGCUGGGAAUUGUGUCUACCACUCAUCGUUUCAAAAGGUGGCUCCUUCUCUCCCCUUCUUUACCAUGUUGUGGAAUUUGUUGUUUAAUCGACGAAUGCACCUUUCAGUUCGUAUUUUUUACCACAAUGACAAUACAGCAACAUUUGUGGUGACGAAAAAUCUUCCAACACACAUAGCAGCCGUGAAACAGACAAUCGCACACACUAGAGUGGAGGAUAUACCAAUCUCAUGCGAGUCUACAACUAACUCAAUUGUUCUUUCUCUACCAAAAAUGUCCAAGGGAUGGUAUGUUACAUCGCACUUUGAACCAGCAGAAAUAGAAACUCUUGACAUUAAUACAUAUGCGCCUGGAAAAUCUUGCCCAAAAAUUAUUUUGUGCAUGGAGUGGAAAGGCAGCGAUAUUCCAAAAGAAGAAAGAGUAAGUAUUCCCAUAACUGGAGGGUCAUUGAGCUCCUUUUAUUUGCUAUGCAAGCCCAAACAGCAUGAGAAUGAACCUAGGGCCUGGCAGCGACUUGAACAAAAGAAAGCGGAUUUAAUACGCACAGAAAGAGAAGUUGCACUGGCUCGAGAGAACCUGGACAAAGUUCAAGAACAACAGCUACAAACUCCCUGUUCCCAGUCAGACACAAUUGUUGCUAUAGUGGGCAGGCCAUAUGGGGUGGAUUUUUUCAAACAAUCAGAGAAGAUGAUUGUCAGUGGAUGGGAUAAAAGCACAGUCUUCUGCUUUGACGACAAAUUUAACCAAACCCCUUUAAUUAAGGAUUUAUUACAACCUGCAGAUAUAGCGACUGAUAGAGAUGACAAUAUUUAUGUGACAAGUAAGCACAAACUGCAGAAGUUCACUAGCAGUGGUGUACUAAAGGCCAAGGCUGGUGACGAUGAGGAUCAUAAUGAGAAAGGGAAGUUUAAUGAUCCACGUGGAAUUACAAUGUAUGAAAACCAAGUGUAUGUGUGCGAUCGAAAUAACCAUCGCAUUCAGGUAUUUGACCUUGACUUGCACUUUGUAAAGUCCAUCGGUUCCUAUGGGGACAGUAACGGAGAAUUAGAUGCCCCAUAUGAUGUAAAAUUUGACAAUGAUGGAAACAUGUAUAUAGUUGAGUUGGGUAACAGAAGAGUACAAGUUAUGAACACCGAUGGCCAAUUCAUCAGAAUGUUUGGUCAAAAAAGGGUAGGAAAUAUCGGGCUCCCAACAGGCCUUCAUGUUGACAAAGACAAAAACAUAGUGUAUAUUUCUGAUUUUGCCAAUGAUCGCAUGUAGUUUACACAACAUCAGGUGAUUUUGUUACCACUCUUGGGUCACACGGUCUAAGAGUUGGUAAGUUGCAUUCACCAUAUUGUAUGACAUCUCGUAAAGGCAAACUGUAUGUAUGUGACUCUGGAAACGAUAGAGUUCAAACAUUUGAUCUUAUUAGCUCUCCCCAAUAG